AUGGACUUUCCUUGUCACGAGUGUGGCCGAGUGGAACAAUUGGAGAAUCUCCGCGUUUGUCUCUUACACAAACAUCGAUCGUUUGCAGAGUUAAAAUCGCUUGUUGUCUGUAAUCGAUGCGCUUCAUCGACUCAUCGAAAUUGUUACGAUCAUCAGACAGCAAUUCAAGCAUUGAAAGAAGCUAAAUACGAGGAAUUGGGCGAAACGAUUCAGACAAUUUUGAGGAAUCUUUCCAUCGAUGUACAACAAUUUCAAUUGUUGAUCAAUGAGAAAAUACAGAAAUUGACCCAAAAACGCGACGAAUUGCACGAAGUUGGCGUGGGAAGAGCAAAGAAUCUGUUCCGAGAAAUUGCGGCUGAAGAAAAUAUGACAGCAAUCACUACUCAAUUGGAAAAUAUCUUCAAUCAAGUGCAUAAUUUGAUCGAUGGACAAGCGGGCAAAAAGAAGAGUGCUUCGAAGCUUCCCAUCGAAACCCCAAUUCUCAGCAAUGCCCCACGUGCGGUCGAACGGAACCUAAGCCAAAUGUCAAUUUCAAAUCGAUCUGAAUCUCGUUCCUCUAUCGAUCAACCUCCACCACCAUAUUCGCCCCCAGAUCUCGGCUUCGGUGGCAUAGCCAAUCGUCCACCACCAAGAGAACCAGUCUCGAUUUUGUCAAACCGACAACCAGAUGACGAGCCAAGAGCUUCUAGAUCUUCUCAACGACGUGGAAAUGAUGGUGGCCGAUCAGUUCCCCGUAGCGCUUCACGGACUCGCUUCAGAAUUCAAGGCAAAGAUCACACAUUCAGGGAUCUUUCACCGAAUGGAUCGGACGAUGAAAGUGACUCUGCUUCAGUGGCUUCUGGCGGAAUCGAGCAGCGAAUCAAUUACAAUUAUCAAUCCGAGGGCUAUAAACCGACAAAGAAAUGCAAUAUUCACUCAAAGCAUAUCUGGGAAGUUACAGAUCUCUCCGAGCAACUUCUCGACAAUCGAUAUCUUUCUUUCAAAUUGCAAAACAGAACAAAUGAGAGAAUGCUGGUGAAAUUCACGAGAUGGGAGCCGCAUGCGAAAAAUUGUGGUGGAUGGGUUCGCUUCGAUUUCCCAUCAAAAGGGAUAAGAGAAGAUCGUAGAUAUUACAAGAAUUCCUUCGAAUUGGGCCGUGGGGAAACCUGCCAAAUCGUGAUCGAUUUCUCGAAAGUUCGAACGAAAUUAGAUGAAUGGGCUGAGACUCAAGAUCCAUCACUUUUCCCGUUUGUGAUGAUGAAAGGAUUGACGCAAUUGGAUUCACAAGGGAAAUUUCGGAUAGCUUUUGUGACAAUUCGAUGUAUGCACACGGCAGAUGGUUGGAUUCCCUAUCAAGCCUUUGAGGCACCGAGAGAUCAUAUCUGUUUCGAGAAGGAAUUUCGACAAGAACACGAUUGU